CAAAUCCAUAAAGCUCCGGGUGAACCGCUCCAGCCACCACUCAGCUCCAGCACAGCCAGGACCCACUCCCGGUCCGAGCAGGGCGGAGGGUCCGCACCGAGACCAGGAACUCGCUCCGAGUUGGCUUUGGCGAACCGGGGAUCGAACUGUGCGCUCAGCCAUUCCCAGUAAGGAGCUACAGAGUAACCGCAGGAUCACCGGGCUCCCAACACAGCCAGCAGAAUGAAUAAUCGGAAUCAGAUCCAGAAUGCUUUACAAAAUUCACAACUGCUCACAAGAAUAACAGCUUUGGCAUGGCAGCGGAUAAAACAUGAGUUUUAGCUGUUCUCUGAUCUUCCCUCCAGUCAAAGAAAAUGCUGAAGAUGUCUUCAAAGCUCCAAACAGUUGCCCUGAUUCUAAUUUCCAAAGGAUUUCUGUUAUUUUCUUAUGGAGAGAGUAAUUUUGGCAAGAAGGAAAUCAAAAUCGAAGGAGAUUUGGUCCUGGGUGGACUGUUUCCUGUACACGAGAAAGGCUCACGAGCAGAAGAUUGUGGGAGAGUGAAUGAAGAUCGAGGUAUUCAGCGUUUGGAAGCCAUGCUGUUUGCAAUAGAUGAGAUCAAUCGAGACACUUACUUACUUCCUGGUGUGAAACUUGGAGUUCAUAUAUUGGACACAUGCUCAAGAGACACAUAUGCUUUAGAACAAUCACUUGAAUUUGUAAGAGCUUCUUUGACAAAAGUAGAUGAAACAGAAUAUAUCUGCCCUGAUGGAUCAUAUGCAAUUCAAGACAACAAUCCCCUAGUGAUUGCAGGUGUGGUAGGUGGCUCAUACAGUAGUGUUUCUAUACAGGUAGCAAAUUUGCUUCGACUCUUCCAGAUCCCCCAGAUCAGCUAUGCUUCAACAAGUGCAAAGCUCAGCGAUAAAAGCCGCUACGAUUACUUUGCGAGGACAGUCCCUCCUGACUUUUAUCAGGCCAAGGCUAUGGUAGAAAUUUUGCAGUUCUUUAAUUGGACUUACGUGUCAACCAUCGCUUCCGAGGGCGAUUAUGGAGAGACGGGAAUUGAAGCCUUUGAGCAUGAGGCACGUCUUCGAAACAUUUGCAUCGCUACUUCGGAGAAAGUUGGCCGCUCCACCACAAAGAAGUCCUACGAUGGUGUGAUCCAGGAGCUGCUGAACAAAGCCAACGCGAGGAUCGUGGUACUUUUCACACGGGGCGACGAUGCCCGGGAGCUUCUUGCUGCGGCUAGCCGAAUGAACGUUUCUGGCUUCACCUGGGUGGCCAGUGAUGGAUGGGGAGCUCAAGAAAUCGUGGUGAAGGGGAACGAGCAGGUUGCCAACGGUGCAAUAACCUUAGAGCUUGCUUCUUACCCCAUCAAGCAGUUUGACAAGUACUUUCAAAGCCUCCACCCUCGCACCAACAAGCGGAACCCGUGGUUUAAAGCCUUUUGGCAGCAGAAAUUUCAGUGUCUGCUCCAGAACAGUCGGUCACAUCAAAAGGUGUGCGACAGGCGGCUCUCCAUCAACAACUCUAACUACGAGCAAGAGACAAAGAUAAUGUUUGUUGUCAAUGCGGUGUACUCAAUGGCACAUGCUUUACACAAGAUGCAGCGCGUAAUGUGUCCAAAUACCACCAGACUCUGUGAUGCCAUUAUGCCACUGGAUGGGAAGAAGUUAUACAAAGAAUACUUAAUCAAAAUUAAUUUCAGCGCCCCAUUCCGUCCGCCCGGUGAUAUGGACAGUGAAGUCAAGUUUGAUGAGAAUGGAGAUGGGAUUGGUCGUUACAAUGUCUUCAACUUCCAGAAGAUUGCAGGAAAAUACACCUACAUCAAGGUGGGCCAGUGGGCAAAGUCUUUGUCUCUGAAUACAGCCCUGAUUCACUGGCCCAGGCAUCAUAUCCCCACAUCGCAGUGCAGCGAUCCGUGUGCCCGGAAUGAGAUCAAGAACAUGCAGCCGGGGGAUGUGUGCUGCUGGAUCUGUGUACCCUGUGACCCCUAUGCGUACCUGGAGGAUGAGUUCACAUGCAAGGACUGUGGGCCGGGCAGAUGGCCCAAUGAGGACCUCACAGGUUGCUAUGACCUACCGGAGGAGUAUAUCCGAUGGGGAGAUGCCUGGGCUGUGGGACCAAUCACCAUCUCGUGCGCUGGGAUAGUCACUACACUAAUGGUUGCCACUAUCUUUGUAAAGCACAACAACACACCUCUUAUCAAAGCGUCAGGGCGUGAGCUCUGCUACAUUUUGUUGUUCGGGGUCUUCUUUUCCUACUGCAUGACCUUUUUCUUCAUCGCAAAGCCCUCACCUGCCAUAUGCACUUUGCGCCGAUUGGGACUGGGCACCUCAUUUGCUGUGUGCUAUGCAGCACUGCUUACAAAGACUAACCGCAUCGCCAGGAUAUUUAACGGUGUGAAGGAAGGGGCUCAGAGACCCAGAUUCAUCAGCCCUAGUUCCCAAGUCUUCAUCUGUCUGAGUCUCAUCUCCGUUCAGAUUAUCAUUGUCUCAGUCUGGCUCAUGCUGGAGGCUCCUGGUACAAGAAGAUACACUGUCCCUGAAAAAAGAGAGACAGUCAUUCUGAAAUGUAACGUAAAAGACUCCAGUAUGCUAAUGUCUUUGACAUACGAUGUGGUGCUGGUGACCCUAUGCACUGUCUAUGCCUUUAAGACUAGAAAAUGUCCGGAAAAUUUCAACGAAGCAAAAUUUAUUGGAUUUACCAUGUACACAACAUGUAUUAUCUGGCUUGCCUUUCUGCCUAUAUUUUACGUGACUUCCAGCGAUUAUAGGGUUCAGACAACGACCAUGUGCAUCUCCGUCAGUCUGAGCGGCUUUGUGGUGUUAGGCUGUCUCUUUGCACCAAAGGUGCACAUUAUUGUGUUUCAACCGCAGAAGAAUGUAACCAGCCACAGACUGACCAUGAACAGGUUCAGUGUCAGCGGAACUGUCACUAGUCACUCACAUUCAUCUGCCAGUGCCCAUUAUGUUCCUACUGUUUGCAAUGGAAGAGAAAUUCUAGACUCAACUACGUCAUCUUUGUGAGAUUGUUUCCUAAUGCAGCUGUCAAACUGUUGUACUGUUGAAUCUGCGCACACUGUGCUAUGGUGAACCAGUAACCUGUUUUUGUAGAAACAGCGUAAUAAAUUAUUUUUAAGGGCUGUAAAUAACUAAUAGUACUCUUGGAUUUUUUUGGUUAAUAGUAUUUUAUCCUGUAAAUAACUAUUAUUUACAUACAUUGUUAUAAACUGUUUACUUAGGACAAGUACUGUAUGAAAUAUGACAAA